CAAAAAUCAAAAUGACAAUAUUCCAUCUAGGUGUUUUUCUCACAUUAUUUUUUCUGCCAACAUGCUUUUAUAAGCAAAGUGAUGGUCAAGAUGAUAAGGCCCAUGUUGAAGUCGAAGAUUCACAUGAUUUGGAUGCACAAGUUCGUGUUCUUGGAGGACGUAGCUGUUCAACAAAACAGUACGGUUUCAUGGUUCUAGUGAUCAGGACGCACCAGGGUACAUCGUACAGAACAUGUGGAGGAACCCUGUUUAAGCCUGGCUGGGUAUUAACUGCCGCACAUUGUAUAGACGAGUCAAAAUCCAAUUACUACUCGGUAAUAAUUGCAGCAAACACUCAUAAGAGAACAAUUUUAGUUGAGAAAUAUUAUGUACACCAAAAAUAUAGCAAAAAAGACAGUCACGUGAACGAUAUAGCUUUGCUAGAGCUAAGCAGCAGAUUGGAUGCAUAUUUUAGAAAUGGUGACAUUAAACUUGUAAAUCUUCCCAAACCGGAAGAUAACGAUACUGAUCCGAUUUGUGAAGACGGUUUAAUCAUGGGAUGGGGCAAAAUGAGGUCUUCCGAAGUACCAGAAAUACCGGAUCUUCAAUGUGGUGAUGUCGAAUUGAUUCCGAAUCGAAAUUGCGAGGAUAUAUUUCGCUCGCGUCAUUAUAGAAUAUAUCAAAGUCAAAUUUGUACAUACUCUGAAAAGGGCGUAGCGGCAUAUGUAGGUGAUUCUGGGGGACCUUUGAUGUGUGGUGAGGUUCAAGUCGGCAUCGUUUCUUGGGGAAUGGGAAAAGAUGAACCGUUUCCCAAUGUUUUCACUAAAAUAAGUGAUCAUUUUGAUUUUAUCAAUCAGGUACAGCAGGGUCAUUUCAAUGGAACAUGUGUUUUAGGGCCUAUUUUAUUUUUAACUAUUUUUAUGCUGAUAUCUUGUAUUUUAGUCAAAUAAAAAGAUAAAUUAAUAAAUUACAUUAUUACUUAU